AUGGAGUCCUAUUUAACUGUUGUUGAUGACAUAUUAACACAGGCACUGCAAAGCUUAGGAGUGGAUAUGUCUCAGGCUAACAUUUCCAUACGAAUUGAUCUUGCGAAGCAAGCUAACCAGAGUCUAGUUUCUGGGAUAUCCACCACUGAACGUAACACAUGCAUUUUAUUUUUACUCAAGGAAAUGGAGUUAGCUGUGGCUGCGAAUAAACUAGCAGAAUGUCAGAAGACAAUUGCAUCACUCGGAAACCAACUGAAAUCCCUUGCAACCCUCGAAGAUAUCUUCUUAGAGUCAGAGAAGCUGUUGGAGGUUCCUAAAAAGAGCCAGAGAUUCUACAUAAUGAUAUAAAACCUGAUACAUCGGUAUCUUCAGAAACUGCUCAGGAUGCAUCAACAUUGAGCAAGGAGGAUGCAACAGCUGAUUCAGCUACUUCCUAUUGUUUAUGGUCAAAAUCCUUUCUGUGGCAGACUUCUACCAUGUAUGCAUUUUGUUUUAUGUUUACUAUACAUUUUUAAUCACAAAACAACAUAUGCCCAAGCUUCUUGUUAUCAUGCUUCGGUUUCACCCUGCAUUACGCUUCUGGCCCUCUCUGUUCUUUUUACGAGCUGAAUAUGAUCUUCUAUUAUGUUUUUUUUACUGUGCAUCUGGUGUUGUAGGUUGUAACAGAUGUACUAACACUAGUAUAAAA